UUCUAUACUUUUAUACAUUUGCAUGUAUACUAUUGGUUUGCAGAUUAAUUUGAGAAUAUGAUCUUUCACCAAAAGCAUUUAAAAUUGUGUGGUGGGAAAACAUAGGAGAUUUUUCAAGGGAUCAACAUCAUAGUCGAUCUGAUUAGUAUCGUCUCUUGUUGUGUGAUCAUUUAUUAAACCAACUCAUAGAAGAUGGAUAAUCAAUCUGACUCUGUAGAAUCAUAUUUUUCUGUAAAAAAUUGCACCCUAUCAAAAGCGUUGACUCCCUCUUGUGUUAUGUACUUCGAUGGGUCUCUAAUGUUUCAAUAGAUCUGACCACUGUUUUGUGUAUUUAUGUCAGGUUCUGUCUUAAUCAAAGAGAUUGAUCUUAGAGAGUUUUUCAAGUCUGUGAGAUGGAAAUGGUGUCUGGAAAAGUGGUUCAAGGUUGCCCCAACGCAGGCAAUCCUUUCCACGAGUGUACUGCAAUCUGUUUAGAGAUAUUAAACUCCGGAAAUGUCCACAAGAAGGAAAAGAAACUCUUUGGUACCUAUGAGAUUUAAUUCUAUUCUAUUUAUAUAACUUGGGUUUGGUAAGAGAACUCCAAGCAGGGACACUCCUUCAAGCAGUCCCGCUCGUGGAAGUAGAUCGCCUCUUGCCAGCUAUUUUGCCAAGAAGAAGGUUGAAUCAGACACUUCACCUUCCACUGAUCACACCAAUGGUAACUUCUUCAGCCGCUUGUCCCCGCUCCAGGGACGCCCGUCCCAACUCAAGAACGAGCCUACAAACAAUAUGGACUCCCUCCCUAUGUCGCCUUCUUUGGCAGGAUACUCAGGGGGAGACUAUUUUGCAAGGAGGGCUGAUCAGCGUGGAGGUGAGGAUAAUGAUAUGUACUCUCCAAGGCCCUUUGGAACUCACCCUAGGACGCCUGAACACCCUCUUAGGACACCUCGGCAUAGGCCCCACACACCCAAACACAGCUCUGACACUAGGCCGAGGACCCCUGAACGCGUAUCCAACACCUCGGAUACUAGGCCAAUGACGCCCGUACAUGACUCUGCUGCAACAGCAAGGCGGCCCCAAACGCCAGAAAAUAGGAUGAGGACUGCACAACAUAGAGGCAGGUCACCUGAAUUCAUGGCGAGAUCCCCGGGGCCAAGGUCCAAGACUCCAGAGCCUCAGCCUACCUACUUUGAACCAUUGUCAAGGACUCCGAAACAGCGGUCCAAGACACCUGAACCCAGCCCUAGAAUUCCCCAAACUCACCCCAUAUCCCACAGAUCCCUUGACAGUGCUGCUCUUCAAACCCCCCGGGCAGCUGAAACUAGGCCAAGAAUACAUGAAAGUAGGCAAAAGACUGCAGUCCAGGAAGGAAAGUCACCUGGCCACAGGGAAAAAAUCUCACAAACGUCUUCUGAGAUGGGUCAAAGAUCAUCUCAGGCCUACAAUUAUCUUGGGAGCAAAGCUGAGUCGGUUUACAUCGAGAAUGACGAUGAAUCGGUUCUACUCUAUCCGGAACUCAUUUUGUCACCUCAAGAAAGGCCACUAUCUAGACCCAUUACGCCUAGUCGCCGUGGAUAUGAUACUCCCACGAAACAGGAAGAACGUUUCGAUCAGUUGGAUGAGUGUGGGAGCUCAGAUGACGAUAGAUUUUCAUUUGUGGAUGAUGAACACGACGAUAACUCUAUUUGGCGUUACCCUGAGAUCAAACCAAAAUCUGGAAGCACCACGCCCGUCCAUCACAAAUCCCCAAGCAAACAUGAUGAACCGCAGAGAUUCAGUCUAAUACUUAAGGAGAAUGAAACAAGAGAAGAUGUGCAGUCCACUCAGUCCGAGUCUACCGUUUCUGUGGGAGAUUACAAAGUCAGAGCGAGCGUCUCGGCUACUCUUGAGCAAAUCCUAGACAAGCACGGUGACAUUGCAUCUGCUUCAAAACUACAUUCGCUUGCCACGAGAUCCUACUACCUCGACAUGCUUGCCUCCGUGGUCUUCGAACUCCAGACGACUCCCUUAAAGCAUCUCAAGGAGUCCCGCGUGGUGGAAAUGCUAGCGAUUGUUAGAGACGUUGAGUCCGUGAAAAUCAAGGUAGAUUGGCUCAGGCCCGUCCUGGAGGAAAUCGUUGAGGCGGUAAAGCAUUACGACCAGCACGAGAUGAGCGUAAUGGAGAAAGAGGUGUGCCAAGGGGAUGUGUUGCUUGUGAGGCAAGAAAUGGAGAAACAGGGGAAAGAGCUGAGGGAGAAGGAGAAGAAGUUGAUGGAGUGGAGAGAGAGAACGACAGAGAUGGCUGGGAAGUUGGGAAGUCUAGAUAUGAGAAAAGCUCGUCUCCACAAGAGAUUGGCGUUUCUCAGUUCCAAGGUGGACAAGUUUCAGGGUGAAUCUCUUCUUCAAGACAUCUUGUGAACAAACCAAUUACUUCUUCGGAAAUUAUUUUGAUUCAUAUCAACCAUCUACACAAAGUAAUUAACAUUUGUUUGGAUAGAGCGUUUGUAUCAACUCUUCUCAACAGUUUAUAAAUGAACACAAAGAAUGGUAGAAAGACAUACCAUCUCAAAUCCAAUAUAACAAAAAGGAACAUUUCUUGUA